AUGUCCUUUCCACCUCAUAUGCCAAUGAUACCUCCUAUGUCAUUUUUUCCUCCUGGUGCUCCUAUGAUGAUGCCACCUAAUAUGGCUACUCCACCACCAGCAAUACCAACAACAACAACAACUAAUGGUAGUGUUAAGACAGCGGAAAAUGAUAAGAAAAAUCGUUCACAAACACUUACGACAGUGUUCGUAGGUAGUAUUUCUGAUCGAGCACCUGAUGCUAUGAUCAAACGAAUGCUUCAUAAUUGUGGCAGUGUUGUCAAUUGGAAACGAGUACAAGGUGCAAACGGUAAACUUCAAGCAUUUGGCUUUUGUGAAUAUGAAAAUCCUGAAGGUACACUUCGUUGUAUACGUUUACUUAAUGGUUGGCUAAUUCAAGAUAAAAAAUUAGUCGUUAAAGUCGAUGCUAAAACAAAAGCAUUACUUGAUGAAUACAAGAAAAAGAAACGACAUGAAUUAGCAAAAAAAGCAGCCAAAGAUACAACAGCGUUUAAAUUUGUCUAUGAAGAUGAUGAUGAUGAAGAAAAAACAUCGAACAGUAAAGAUAAAAAAUCCGGUGAAGAAGGCGAAAUUGAAGAAGAAGAAGACGAUUAUAUUGAUAGUGAAACUCGUCGAGAAGAUAAUAGCGUAAAACAAUCACUUGAAACAAUUAUGCGUGAAUAUUCACGAGAAAUGAAUCAACGAGCAUUGGAAGCAAAAGAAAUGGCUGCUCGUGAAGCUCAAAUGCCAACAAAUCCAAUGUUAAAUAUGCUACCACCAUCUAUGCCUCAACUACCGAUUCCUUCAAAUACAACGGAUAGUCCUCUACCAGAUACAACAUCAUCGAAUUCAACUAGUCCAGGAACACGACGUGUUGCUGAUCCAGCAGCUACCCUUGAUGAUGAAGAAGGAAAAAGAAGUUUGAUUACAAAUGAAAUUCAAAUGUUUCGUGAUCGUUUUAAAGAUGAAGAAACAAAAAUGCGCAAUACGGAAAAAGAGCGAAAAGAUCGUUAUGAACGGGAACGUAAAAAACGUGCAGCCGCUGAAGAAGCAGCUACUAGUGAAAAUAAUAAAUCUUCUCUAUCACCAUCUUCACGUAAUACACCGCCACCGCCAUCAUCAUCAUCAUCUCGCGAUCGUUCAUCGCCAAAACAUGAUCGAAGUAGUUCGAAUCGGCGUGAUCGCUCAUCACCUAGUGACGAUCGUUAUCGGAGUUCAUCAUCAAGAAAUAAUACAAGUAAUUCUGUUCGUAGUCGUGCAAGUGAUAGACGUAGUUCACCAGUACCACGUUCCGAUCGUCGGUCACCUGCUCCAUUGCCACGUCCAUUUAAUCGUCGUUCAAGAACAAAAUCACCUUUACCAAGAGCACAUACAAAUGAUGAGGAUGACGAUGAAGUUUACGAAAGAAGACGACAAGAAAGAAGAUUAAAUGAAAAAGAACGUCGCUAUCGAGAUCGUUUGAGAGCAUGGGAACAACGUGAAAGAAAAAAACAGAGUGAUCAUGACGACGAAAAAAGUCGUGAAUUAAAACGAUUGCAUGAUGAAGAGACAGAAGGCAAACGUUUAUUGGCAUUUUUUGAAGAAUAUAAUGAUGAAAACGACGAUCUAAAACAUUACAAGGGUACAUCAUUAGCUCGUCGUUUAAAGGAUCGUGAACGUGAAAUUGAAAUUGAUAAUCGUGAUAGACGCAAUGAAAAAGAAGAAAUUGAAGAACUACGGAAAAAAUUAUUACUUCAAAAUAAUAUUGAUGAUAUAGAAUCCGAGAUAAAACGACGUCUAGAAAAAGAAGAAGAAUUAAUACGCAAACGUUUAGCAGAUCUGACACGAGGAACAAGUGAUGAAUCUGCUGAUGAAUCUGAUAAUGAUGAAGAAACAACAAAUAAGCGAAAAUCUACUAAGAUUCCAUCACCUGAACCUGGAAAUACUAGUACUGAGCUUAUGGAUCAAUCAUCACCAGCAAUAGUUUUACCACAAUAUGAAACUAAAGUUAGUCCUCGCCAAACAUCUGCACUUGGUGGUGCGCCUAUUACUGGUACAAAAUUACCAUCAAAACGAAAAUUAGCUGUUAAUGAAGCUUUUCGUGAUGAUCAAGAUGAGGAAAAUACUAACAGCUUUCAGAAAAAGUCUAAACUAUCUGCAAUACUUGAUCAACAAACGACUCCUAUUUCUCAAAGCUCAAGUCAAAUUAAAGAUGAACAAGCUAAUCGAGCAGCAGUAGGAAAACGCACACCUGUAACUCCAACAUCCAAUGUUACUUCAACUCAGUCACAAGAAGAAAAACGUCAAGCUGUACGUAAAUUAAUUGAAAGUAUUCCCACUAAAAAAGAAGACUUAUUCACUUUUCCACUCGAUUGGUCACUUCUCGACACAAAUCUAAUGGAAAAACGUAUUAAACCAUGGGUAACAAAAAAAAUAGUGGAAUAUAUUGGCGAAGAAGAAUUAACAUUAACAGAAUUUAUUUGUUCAUCAAUAAUGUCAAAGAAAAGUGCUGAGACAAUCUUAUAUGAUAUACGCGUUGUACUUGAUGAUGAAGCUGAAGUAUUUGUUGUUAAAAUGUGGCGAUUAAUUGUCUAUGAAAUUGAAGCUAAAAGACAUGGUAUAAACAAAUGA